AUGUAUCGUUCCUUUUCCUUGAGACGCGAUAAGUCUCCACAUUGCAGUAAAACUGUGGGGCCAUGCAAGAAACGAAGAGAGGAAGAUCCUCCCAUAAAAACCAUUACGAAAUAUUUUUCGCCGUUAGCAAAAAAUGUGGAUAAAGUGUUGUCACCGCCAAAAUCUAACAACAUAUUGGAUUAUUUUAAAAAGACGCCUCUUACAAAUGAGAAGAUCGCUUUACCUGUUGCAUCUGGAGAAAACAAAAUAAGUCCAGCUGAGCAGCUCGGCGCUGGCAGCAAAGAUUCUAAAUCGACUUUGAAAACUUCUUCAAAGCUGAAGAGAAAAGGGAAGAGAGUUAACUUAAAUAAUAAAUUGAAAGAGAUGCAAAUACCUGACAAUGAAUGUGUGAUAGAAAUUACCAGUGAUGACAGUAGAGAAACAAUAGAGCCAAAGGAAGAUUGCUUGGAGGCUGAUAUUGUUGCCAGCAGUAGUUCUACCUCACUUGUGCAGAAAUGUGUAGAAGGGCCAGCAGAAGAUAAGCAGCAAAGCAAAGUGUCUCCAAAUGCUGUCACUUGCAGAAAAGAUGCAAAGAAAACUGGCUCUGAACUAAAUGGAACAAAAAAUAAACUAAAAAGAUCAAGGAAGAGGAAGCACAAAGAUGGUUCGGAUUUGUCCAAAAGUUUCUCCUCUGAAAACCAGCUGAAUGAAAAGUCUACAAAGGAAUGUCAAGAUAAAAAACAAAUCUUGCAUCUUAAAACAAUAGAAAGUCAGAAUACUCUAAGUGAUUUAAGUCUUGAAACUAAUGUGGAGGAGGCAUCCCAGUUAACCGAUGGCACAAUCACAGUAUCGUUUGAGGACUUUUUGAAAAGUCAAGAAGAAAACAUGGAUCAUAUUCAGGAAGCCAAAAUGCCAACAUUUGACAGUACUGUUACAACAGAUGAAAUGGACAAGAGUGAUAGUACCAGCGACCCUGAAAACUGCAAAGGAUCCCAGCAGCUACCACUUAGAACUGUGACAGUCCUUGCACAAGUUCAUCCCAUUCCCCCCAAAUCUGCCUCUCUCCUAAAAGAGAAAAAAGCUUCUAGAAAAAUAGCUUCUAUCUUUUUGAAGCAUAAAGGGUCUGAAAUUGAAAAAGAAAGUAGUCCAGAUAUCUUAGAGAUUGAACAGACUGAUCAGAUUUCUCAGAAGAGAAAAUCUAAUGUAGUUAUAGAGGAGGAAGAAUUGGAGUUGGCUGUCCUAGAAGCUGUAGGUCCUGAAGCUGCAAAGCCAAAAUGUACUGUAGAAGAAAGACACCAGUUCAUGAAAGCUUUUAAACAACCAGUUUCUGAUGUAGUGAAAAGCGGAGUAAAAAAAAUACCUGGGAAAGUAAAGGAAAUUAAUGAAAAGUCUUCAAAACAAAAACAGGGAAUAGAAGAAGGUGAAGCUGUCUCAAAUAAAAGUCUGGAAAGUGAAAUACCAAAGGAUUAUGCUGAUAAACAUUCACAUGGUCAUACUGAAAAUGGUAGCAUUCCAAAGGAGAGAACCAAUAAACUUAAAAGGAAAAAGAAGAAGAUAUUGGAGACCAAGGGAACAAAUAUUCUUAUUCCAAAUAGUAUUAGUCAUAAUGAAGAUGAAAGUAUAAAGGAUAAUGUUCAGAUUAAGAAAACAAGCUCAGAUAGUAUAAUAAUACUUUCGAGUCCAAAAAAGAAGAAAUUAAGGAGAAGUGUAAGACAAAAGACAGUGGAAACAUCCAAAAAUAUUACACCUGAAAAAUGUAGGCUUAGAGAUGCUCUUUCUGAAGAUGCACUAGGUGAUGGUCCUCUCCAGGCUUCUACUCCAAAAGCAAGCAAUAGGAAGAAAAAUAUAUAUAAGGCUGAGGUGAUUACUGUACCCUAUGAUGCAAAGAGCCCAAUAAGAAUGAGAUUUACUCGAAUUGGUGCAUCUAAAAAAUCAAACAAAACUGAAGCAAGGGAACACGAGGAAUUUAUUCCAAGUAGUAUUAAGGUAAAUUCCACUUCUAAAAAUAUAUCUAAAGCAAAACAACUGAUUGAAAAAGCAAAGGCCAUACAACAUCAUAGAUCAAAGGUUAAUGAAGACAUGCAAACGCCUGUAAGACGCUCGUCUCGACAGCAAGCUCUUGCUGAAAGGAGGAAAUUGCAAGGAAGUGAAGAUUCUGUAAUAAUCUUAACCUCAACCCCGGGUAAUAAGACGGCUGUAACACAACACGUGGAGAAAAAGCAGAAGAAACUUCGGAACUUAAAUGAUGUAUUAGGAAGAAAAUUUGGAAGUGUGAAAAUUAUGAAGAAAAACGGAAAACCGAGUGUCCCUCCUUCAUUCCUGGGCAAAAAAGCUCAAAACUGUGGUGAUGAACCAAUUGUAAUCUUUGAUGAAAGCAGUCGAGAUGUAUCUGAAAAUUCUCAAGAUGAUGAGCAAUUCAAGGCAAAACGGGAAUUUUUGAUGAGUGGUUUGCCAGAGUCCCUAAAAAGAUACAUUGCAAAGAAAGCAGCAGCAAUGGAAGCAUAUUCUGUGGCCAGUUCUUCUUUUCAGACAGUCGUCCAUGUACAGCAGAAGGAUGACUGUAGUUUGCUGUGGAGGUUGACAUCACCAUUGUGUCCUCUGUUAGCUAAGCUAAGGGAACCAAAUACCAACGUAACUGAUGUCACAAAACUCACUGUUUCACUUGGUGAAUUCUCAGUUAUAAGUUCAAAACCUAGUAGCAACAAUUCAUCACUCAUGUUGUCAGGAUGGAGACCAGUUUUUCCUAAAAAUCAAAGGAAUUGUUUAUUAGAAGAGAUCAAAUCUUCUAACCUGGAGUUUCCUGCAAGAUUGUAUUUUAACCAGUUUUUGAAAAAGCAAACUGAACGUGUACUUUCUGAAAGCAAUAAACAAGUAAAUAAAUGUGAAGCCACACAUUCUGAAAUGGAUCAGAUUAGUUCUGACAAUCCAAAAGAAGCUAAGAGGAAAAGGAAAGAAACUGAGGACUGCAAAUCAAAAAGAAGAAAACAAAUUGACAGAGGAGAGGUGGAACUAAAAUCCAAAACUUCAAAAAAUGAAGUGUCUUGCACCAAACAGACAGACACAGAAAAAGUAACACAUGCAGGGAAAAAUAGAACCCAGGACUCGGAUGUUAUAACAAUAGAAGACAUUGACCUGGGGUCAGAAUUAAACCCUGUUUCAGGUAUUGAAAAGGAAGAUGUGCUGUGGACAGAAAAGUACCAACCUCAGGAAUCCAGUGAACUUGUAGGGAAUGCAAAGACAAUUAAAAGAUUACACGGUUGGCUGCAGGAGUGGAAAAGAAGAGCCGAUUUAGAAGAAAAGAGAAAUCAGAAAGUGGAAAAAGAUGAGGGAAACGCCCAACAAGAUUCUUUGGAUAGCAUGGAUUUUAAGGAAGACAAAUCUGACAGUGAAGAAGAGAUUGCUCUCUGUAAUACUAUGCUGAUAACUGGCCCACCGGGUGUGGGAAAGACUGCUGCAGUGUAUGCUUGUGCUCAGGAACUUGGGUUUAAGAUAUUUGAAGUUAAUGCCUCUUGCCAGCGCAGUGGUAGACAGAUCUUAUCUCAGCUAAAGGAAGCCACUCAGUCUCAUCAGGUGGACAAGCAAGGUGUAAAUGCACAUAAACCUUGCUUCUUUAACAGUUGUAGCACCAAGUCCCCGAAAAAAAUAAAUUCUCCCAAGAAAAUUGUUUCACCAAGGAAACCUCCACUUUCACCCAAAGGAACAGGAAUAAAACGAAGUUUUCCUCCUAAAACACUAGCAAAUUAUUUUAAAGUAUCUUCUAAGCCUAAGAAUAAUGAAGAAACAGUAAAAUCUCAAGAAAAAAACAAAGAAACUAUACAAAAAUCACCUGAAGAAACUGCGGAUAUUCAGAUUAGAUCAGUGAGCAAGGAAGUGGGAGGAGAGGAACUCAACAGAAAAAGUGCAACGUCUCUCAUUCUUUUUGAAGAGGUUGAUAUAAUCUUUGAUGAAGAUGCUGGGUUUUUAAGUGCAAUCAAGACUUUCAUGGCUACUGCAAAGAGGCCUAUAAUUCUUACUACAAACGAUCCAACUUUUAGUUUAAUGUUUGAUGGAUACUUUGAAGAAAUCAACUUUAAAAUACCCCCUCUGAUAAAUGCUGCUAGCUAUUUGCAGGUGCUGUGUCUGGCUGAGAAUCUACGAACAGAUAUAAAAGACUUAGCUACUCUGCUAACUACAAAUAACUGUGAUAUCAGACAGAGUGUUCUCUACCUACAAUUUUGGAUUAGAAGUGGAGGUGGAUGCUUGAAAGAAAAAGGUGUAGCACUUCACGGAAGAGGAGGAGGCCGAGAGACAAAUGGAUCAGAUCAGUUAACUCUUACUGAAAAGACGGAUUCAAAGAGUGGUGCUCCUCAAACUGAUAUACAUCUUCAGAAGCUUCCAAAAUGUGAUACAGGCUGCAUAGAAACUUUGCUUGGCCUUAAAAAUAUUUUUUUGCCCUCGGAAGAUUUGUUUACAUUUCUCAAGCAUAAAAUCACGACAACAGAAGACUGGAAUAAAUUGAUAAAACUGCUCUUAGAAUUCCAGAUGAAGAAAGUGGAUUUCAUAUAUAGCAAUCUUGAGUCUAUUCUUCCUUUACCAGUUCAGAUUCUUCCAAAGCCAACACAAACAUUUAACCCUUUAUUUGAAAAGGCUACAGCAGUUUCUUCAAAUGAGAGAUCCCUUGAUCAGCUGGAAAAAGCUAGCCCUGUGAAAAAGUCUAAAAGGACAAAGAACCAGAGAAGGCUAGCUUUAUUGGAUGAUAGUGACUUAUUUGAUAAUGAAUUGAACUACUCUGCUGAAUUUAUAAGCUUGUCAUCAGACGGUCCUAAAUCAUGCUUAGAAAAAAACCCAGAUGAAUUAAAAUUUAGGAUGAAUAAAGAAGAAAAAGUUAAAAUCCCAGCAAGGAAAAAAAGCUCUGCUCUUGUUUCUAAUUGCCUGCAUUCACUGACUGAAUUUGUGGAUGACAUGUCUUUCUUAGAUUGCUGUCUACGCACUAAUGUAAGGGAGCCCAAGGAAUAUUGUAGAAAUGAAGGGUUUAAUUGGACACAUGGAAAAAUUAAAAAUGGUCUCUGUGAUGAGCACAGUACAGAAGAUAGUGAUUGGUGGAGUUUUCAAAGCUGUAGUGAACUCAAGGCAGCCGUUGAAGCACUCAGUUUUAAUAAGUGCUUUGUUAAUAUUUCACAAGAUGUGGAAGCCUCCUUGAAUCCUAAAACACUAGGAAGUGAUCAAAUGGAGGAACUUACUUUGCGUAUUUCAGAAGAAAGAAAUAAUAUAUACUUUGGUCAAUCAGCUGAUUCGAGUAUUCACAGAAAAGCAGAGAAGAGACUGGAAAUUAUCCAAACUGUGUUUUCGAGUAGAACUCUGUUACACCUGUGUAACAGGCAAGCUAGCAUAGUGGAAUACCUACCCACACUCCGUAGCAUCUGUAGAUCAGAGAAACUUAAAGAACAGGGGAAACUCAAAAGAAGGUUUCUGCAUUAUCUGGAAGGAAUUCAUCUUGAAAUACCAAAAGAAACAAUGAGCAGUUUGGCAGCCGAAUUCCCUUAGAGUGUUUUGACACCAGAAGUGCCUUGUACAGUGGGUCUAUAUGGUACUUGCCACAACCUGAUUUUACCAUAUUAAUUUUUUGUACAUUCAGAGAGACAUUUGUAUAUUAAAUUUUUAUAUAAGUAUUUAAAAACACAAACUGUAUAUAUCUGCUGUGGUAGUAUUGCCCUCCAUGGCCAAAAUGGUGGGUUCUUUUGGUGUGCGUUUUAAGUGAGCUCAAAAGUGUUUUAGUUUGUGCAGGUAUCUGGACCACUUCAUAUUACUUUGGAUUGCUGCACUGAAAGUGCACAUUCAAGUAAGGACAAGUGAUCCAUGUUUCUGGUGGCUGGUGUGUUUGGGGAAUGAGUCACCGUCCCAGUAUCCACUCACAGCUAGGGCUUCACAGAAUUGCAGUCUGGUGGUUCCACUCUGGAUCUUCGAAUAGUGGAGAAAACCAGCAUGAUGAAAGACUAGCAGAAACUUUAAAACUGGAAGCCUUUAAUCACACAACAGUGAGUAGUGGGAGGGGAGAAGGCAGUAAAAAAGUCUUUGAAGUGAUAUGUCUCGGGGUAUAUGGAUCUACUUCAUUAUAUUCAUGUAUUUGUCUUUUAAAGAUGUCAGGCCAGUAUGUUUAUCUCCAACGUGGUGAAGAAAUACUGUAGCCCAAGAGAUGGGAUUCAAAGAAUUGGCAAGAUUUUUUGUAAAUAAUAUUUUUAUACCUGCAUCACUUUUGGGUUUAGUAAUAUGUAAACUAUUGAUAGUCUUGUAUAUUGCUUUUUAUUGUAUUUUAUAUUUGAUAAAGACUUCAGCCUGGUUA